GGGGGUCCUUUGAACUCUUCUAGUAGGUGGGGGUGAUCGCCUCUUAUCUUACGCACAAUACCAAAAAAUCAAACACUCGAAACUUCUCAUAAGAGCUAUGAGAGCUUCUCUCAUAAGAACCGGAUCCGUGCCGGUCCUGAAUCCGGUCCGGAACUGUUCACCUCGCCUCUCUCUCCCGCGCCAAGCGUCCUUCUCCGGUGACAACAGCCGUGUUCAGUCGCCGAGCCUCUCGAUACAUUUAGACUCCGACGGCCGCAGAGACCUUCCGCCAAGCGGAAUCCGCCGAGUGAUGUCGGAGUCAUCGAUUCGGUCCGCGAGCGAAGGAUUCGGCGCUAUCCAGGAUCUGAAACGAAGAGGAACGCGGCCUUUCCCGGUGAUCGUGCGAGAGGACGAAGAUGAAGAAGUCGGUGGCGGAUCCGGCUACGGCGGCGGCGAUAGAAGAAUCGCGACGGCGACCGGAGGAAACGGCGGCGAUAGGAUGAAGAUUGGCGCAUACUACGAGGAAAUGCUGAAGUCAAACCCUACGGACGCUCUUUUGCUUAGAAACUACGGGAAAUUCCUGCACGAGGUUGAGAAAGACACGGCGAAAGCGGAGACGCAGCGAGAUGAAGAGAGAGCCAAAUCUUACUUUGACCAGGCCGUUUACGCUGCUCCUGAUGAUUGCACGGUGCUGGGAUCCUAUGCGCACUUCAUGUGGGAAGCAGAGGAAGAAGAGGAGGAGGAGGAGGAAGUUAAUGGCUGUGUUUUAAAGUGAUUUUUGGUAUUUAGAGGUUGUAGAGAGUGCUAUAUUUUCUAUAAAUGGCAUUUGAAUCUGAAAGUUACAGAAUAAGGAUCGUUGUUGUUUGAUAUGUCUAACCGGAAAUAGCUCCAAGUUAUAGAAUAUCAGAGACUGAAAAGUAAAUGGCUGCCUCUGUCCCUUCACCCUUCUCCUCCGUUCUUGCCACUUCCGGAGACUGUAACAUUCUAAUAUAACUUUGUAGAUCCCGCUUAAAUUAUGUAUGAUAGAUAUUAUUGGGAUAGACAUAGACUUGUAAAAUUUUGUUAAUGCAAUUAAUAAUAGUGCUAAUCGUUUUUACCCAGCA